AUGUCCCAGAGAUCAAAGCAAAAUUCAACACCUUUAGGUCCUAUCACAGACUUUGAAGGAAACUCCAAGGUGUACACAACAGAGGAAUUAUCGAAUCGUCAAAUCCAAGAGAAACACAUUUUACGUGCCUUGGAUCUUCAUACAAUGCCACUCUUUUGCAUCUUUUACUUUACAGAUCAUCUUGAUAGAGCAAACAUUGGAAAUGCCAUGCUUGGUGGAAUUCAUAAAGAUCUCAAUAUUGCACCUUCUCAAUUGAGUAUUGUUAUAUCAGCAUUUUAUAUUACAUAUAUUCUGUUCGAAGUACCUUCCAAUAUCAUGCUCACCAGAACAAGUCCUGUUCUUUGGCUCUCACUCAUCAUGGCUGUUUGGGGAACCGUAACUCUUACAAUGGCCUUCUCUAGUAAUUUUGAGGGACUAUUAACCUGUCGUCUUUUAUUAGGAGCGGCUGAGAGUGGAUACAUCCCUGGCAUUCUUUAUCAAAUGUCGUGUGUAUAUAAACCCCGUGAACUCAGUCUUCGUAUCGGAUGCCUGUUCUGUAUGGCUUCAUUGUCUGGAAUUGUGUCUGGACCACUCGCAUAUGCAACUUCAUUUCUCGACGGCAAAAGAGGGCUACAUGGCUGGCAAUAUCUCUUUAUUAUCGAAGGUGUUCCUACUAUACUGCUCAGCGUGAUCUCGUACAUCUGUCUAUUUGACACAAUUGAUUCGGUGAGCUGGCUGACAGAUGAACAAAAGGAAAUCCAGCAUUUGCGUCUGGCUGAAGGAAAGUCAGAUGCAGAUAAUCGUCAAGAGCCCAUUACUUUCAAAACCCUGUGGCUUGUAUUGACAGAUUGGAAAAUGUGGAUGUUCAGUAUGGUUUAUAUCCUGAGUGCCAUCAAUAUCACCAGUAUUGGUGUAUUUAUUCCUACAAUUAUUGAUGGAUUUGGAUUUCCUGUAUUAACUUCACAGCUCUUGACUGCACCACCUGCUCUUGUGUCGACAUUUAUGGUGAUUCUAGGUGGUGCUUUAGCAGACAGGUGUAAGGCUAGGGCACCGCUGGUCAUGGCAGGGUUUGUUUUGAUAGGUAUUGGGUACCUUUUACUUCUCACCCUGCACAACACAUGGGCACUUUAUGGAUCACUAUUUAUUAUUCCUGCUGGAAUUGGUCUCCAAGCUCCAGCUGUGGUUGGUUGGUCAAGCAUAAAUUUCCCAGACAUUACAACUCGAGCUGUAGCUGUAGCUGCGGUGGUGAUGAUAGGUAAUGGAGGCAGUAUAGUGGCUUCCUUCCUUUAUCCACUUGUUGAUGCCCCUCAUUAUCAUUUUGGAAACUCCUUUAAUCUGGUCGUGUCUGUCCUUGGAUGUCUAUUUUCUGGAUUGACAGGAUAUUUGCUUUACCGAGAAAACUGUCGUCGAGAUCGUGUAACAAGUAUUGCAAACGAUUCAGGUCUUUCGCUUGAAGAAGAAAAGGCAACAGCUCUCCAGUUUCGUUUCUUUUAUUAA